UCAGUGCCUCCUUCUUGACGCUGACAUCCUUUCUGUUGACAGUCUUCCCUUUGCAGCAACUGUCAGCACCCUCACAUCCCUGCUUCUCGCUGGAGGCGGAUGGGCUGGAAAAAAGGCCUGCAGAAUCUAAGCCUUUGGGCCCAAAGUCUCCCAGUCCCUGGGGACUACCAGGGUGUGAGUUUUGUCCCGACUCCAGCCCCAGCCCAUCAGUCCUUCGGGUUGGCCAGCUGAGAGGUGAUUUCCAGGGGCUUCCUGGGCUCGUUCUGGGUGGAGCUCCAGCCAGCUCUCAGGCCUCCGUGCCUUUGCUCAGGCGCUGCCCUCUACCAGCCCGCCUCCCCACCCUGGUCCACCUGGCGAGGCCGCUGUCAUCCUUCCCGGCGCUGCUUCAAUGCUACGGCGCCUCCUUCGGUUUUGUUCGUGUUGUCAUGCGCUAAGCAACAGCCGCUGGCGGAGAAAUGUCCAGGCAUUAUCUCCUUUAAUUUUCAGAGCCGUCGUGUGAGGUGAGGUACCAUUACGUCACCCCACUUAGAACUGAUCGGAGAAAGAAAGACCUUGAUGUACAGGUAGGAAGACAGAACCGGGAUUCUCCGCAGAGAGACGUGGGACACAGCCGUGCUGCCCAGCUUCAGAUGCCAGCUCUGCCACUUAACUAGUUGGUCCUCACCCCUCAAGGAAAAUAAACGGAACUAAACCACACCGAGGCCUUUUCACCUCCUCCUCCUCCCCAGCCCAUGCCAGCCUUGGACUCGGCACCUCUGGGGAGGAAAGAGCAUAGGCACGCACUCCGGCCCGGACCUCGCCGGGAAACAGAUUUUGUGGCAGAACUCAGCUGUGACCUGGGGCCUACGCACCUCCAACGCGCCGUCCCGGAUCCAGAGGCCUCGGGGACCCAGGCUUCAGCGAGGAGGGCUCUGAGGCUUGCGAGGUGGGGAAAAGAUGAAACAGCCUGUAUUGAGGAAAGAAUAAGCAAGCCUCCCUCUCUACAUUUCCAAUCAACAGGAGAGCAGGCAUCACAAAGGUUUCAAGUAGCCUUUAAUGACACUCCCCUGUCAAGAGGGAAAAGAUGGAGGCCUUGACUGAACACAAUGUCUCCCUCUGACGGUCUGGUUGCCAAUUCCUCCCACCUCAAAUAGGACAAGUUAGAAUUUCAGGGACAGAGAAAUGCUACUUCCCAGCUGAGCACGGAAUCUGGACACCGAAGUUCUCUCAAGGACUCUGGGGCCAUCCUUCCACUCCCCAUGUCUCAGUUUCCCCAUCUAUUCCAUAAGGAGCUUGGAUGGGUUUGUAGUUCUGUGAUCUUGUAACUGAUAAUGCUUUCCUGUGUCUCUCCUCCAUAUUUCCUCUUAUGUCUCUGGGCCCUGAGGGAUUUACAAGGUCAAAACAAAACCAAAACCAAAAACAAAACCCUCUAAUUUCGAAUUUGGUCUCGUUUUUAGAGGUUAGAGUGUUCUUCUGGGAUCUGAAACUCACAAUGCACAGGCCUCCCUGCCUCCAGCCUCUGCCAUCGGCAUCCGCCUUCACCAGAAAUUCCCACUCUGAAGGUGGAGCUCCAACAAAGACACAUCCAAGAGAACCGAGCCCUCCAGGGCUUUCCUGGGGACAGGCGCCACCGGCUGCAGACAGUACCCUGGGCAGGCCUGCAUGGACAUCCCCAUCAGCAGCAGAGACUUCCGCUGCCUACAGCUGGCCUGUGUGGCCCUCGGCCUGGUGGCCGGCAGCAUCAUCAUUGGUGUGUCCGUGUCCAAAGCUGCAGCUGCCGUGGGUGGCAUCUUUAUUGGCGCCGCCGGUCUGGGGCUCCUCAUCUUGGCCUACCCGUUCCUAAAGGCUCGGUUCAACCUGGACCACAUUCUGCCCACCAUAGGGAGCCUGAGAAUCCACCCCCACCCAGGGCCAGACCAUGGGGAGGGAAGAUCCAGUGCCAAUGGCAAUAAAGAGGGAACCCGCAGCAGCCUGUCCACGGUGAGCAGAACACUGGAGAAGCUGAAGCCAGGGGCCCGGGGGACUGGGGAGGGCUGAGGCAGGGGCUGAGGGGCUACACCCUUCCCUCCCUGCCUGCUACCCUGAUCUCACAGCCCUCCUGGGUCCAAACCAGAGGUGAACAGGGCCCUGGAGACACCAGCCCUGCAUUCGCUUGGGCAAAGCUCUUGCAAAUGGAUUCCAUGCGGCAGCAUUGGGCAGGGCCUGAAGCGGGGUACUGCUGGACGUUCCACAGGGGGCCCUUGUAUCAGGAUUUUGACCUGGUUUUUUCGCUCUGGACUGCAGCUCAGCGUCCUUCCCUUUUUGAUCUACUCACUGGUUUCUCUGGAAUUUGGGGCCAGAGAUAUCUCAGUCUCUUGCUCCAG